AUGCAUCACUUCAUUUUCUUCUGCAUUCUCAUCUCCAUCUCCUUCACAGAUGGGACAAGACUCAUAAUGGUAAACAACUGCAAAGAGAGUGUAUGGCCUGGAAUUCUUGGCAAUGCAGGACACCCUUCUCUUAAAGAUGGUGGAUUUCACCUUGGAAGUGGUGAAGAGGUUGUUCUCCAAGUCCCUAAGUGUUGGUCAGGGAGAAUCUGGGGUAGACAAGGUUGUUUCUUCGAUGAACACACAGGGAAAGGUUCUUGUCAAACUGGGGAUUGUGCUGGCCUUUUACAAUGCAGGGGAAUUGGAGGAGUCCCUCCUGCUACCCUUGUUGAAAUGACCCUUGGAACCUCAAAUUCACCAUUGCAUUUCUAUGAUGUUAGUUUGGUUGAUGGGUUUAACCUUCCCUUGUCCAUGAAGCCUUCGGGUGGUGGUGUUAUAGGUUGUGGUGUUGCAGCAUGUGAGGGUAACUUGAAUGUUUAUUGCCCUUCUGCACUUGUUGUGCAUCAUUAUGGGAAGGUGGUAGGUUGCAAGAGUGCUUGUUUGGCUACAAGAUCAGAUAGGUAUUGCUGCACUGGGGACUAUGCUGACCCUACAAAUUGCAAGCCAACAGUGUUUGCUCGUCUUUUCAAGACUAUAUGCCCUCAGGCUUAUAGCUAUGCUUAUGAUGAUUCAGCAGGACUUAAGACUUGUAAUGCAUCUCAGUAUGUCCUUACAUUUUGCCCUCCACACUGA